AUGAGAGGGGAAUGGCGUUUGCUAUUUCGAGCUUCACGAGAUGGCUUUGCUGCUUCAGCGUUCCAUUCCAAAUGCGACAACAAAGGACCUACAAUCACUGUUGUAAAAAGUGGUGAAAACAUUUUUGGAGGCUUCACUGAGAAGGCUUGGACAAGUAAAUAUAAGAAAUUGAUAUGAUUAGCUUUAUCGAGUAAUUAACUCACGCCUGAUGAAUGGUUGAGAACUUUAAUUCAAAUUUUAUGCAUGUCGUAUACAGCUUACCUUAUUUACUUUACUUGUCUUUGCUUGCUGUGUGGUUAUUUUCCCAAUCCAUUGUGAUUUAAGUGAUUUACUUUAACCCCAAGUUUCCACUGAAUGGAUCUGGAAAAUAACCACACAGCAAACAAAGACAAGUAAAGAAAAUGAGGUACGCAGUAUUUUAUUGACAAUUCUAGUGAGUAUUUAUCUACUUGAAUCUUUUACCUGAAUUCCCAUGAUCCUUUAUAUUCACGGACUUAAACUCUCAUACUGAGCCUGGGCCGCCUGUGACUCAUUGAACCAGGGUAUUAAAGUCCAUCAGCAGGAUAUUGGCAACUUCUUUAUAGGUCGCUUUGACUUAUUUCUACGUUUCUCAGGGGAAAGCUUUUCUGUAGAAUUGAAAAAAACAAGAUAUUGUUGAUGGCCUCAGGCCGAAAUUUCAUAUUCUAUGCAAAGGAAAAGGUCUGGUUAGUUAUCUGCAUAGGCAACCGAGCUCAAUAUAUAUAGGUUCAGGAUCAAAGACGUGGAAUGGGGCAGAAAAUGUUUGAAAGGUUUAGAUUUAAAGAACUUUGAAUCUGAAAUGUAAAAAUGACUGUUUGACACAUAAUAUCUGAAUUUAUAUGUCAGGUGUAAUCACUGUUAUUCACAGGUGGUGGUGUAUGGGUAUCAUGUCGUCAUGCCUUCCUGUUCAGCUUUGUAAACCCAAGUGACCUGGGACCAACCAAACUGUCACUCAUCCCUGGGAAUGAAAGGUAUGGAAUCCUUUGUGAGAGCAGAUAUGGACCACUGUUUGGUGGUGGGAAUGACAUAAACAUAUCAAAUGAUGCAAACAUAAUUUAUAGUAGCAGCAAUCUCGGCAACACCUAUCAGUGCCCACCAGGACAACAGUACACGUUCUUCACAGGUGAAAAUAGUUUCAUGGUCACAGAUUAUGAGGUGUUUGGACUCCGCCAGUGACAACUACCAACAAAGCAGGUGAAAUAAACACUUACAGCUAAAAUACUCCAUGCUUUUUCCAAACGUUAUAACAUAAAGCUAUUUUUAAAAUGCCUCAAUAGGGGUGCUAGGUACUCAGGAGGAAUAUGUUACUUUGAUAUUGUUCGGCUUUAACUUAAGAGAGGUGCAAAGUGGGGCCAAAUCAGAGCCGUAAAUGAACUUGGCUUUAGAAUUUGUUUUAAUAGGAGCCGAAUUAAGUAUAACUUAAAGGCUCUCAUAAAGAAAUAUUUUCUUUACCUUGACCAGUCUCCCAGAGGGCGACUUUUUGUAGUAAAAAGGUCACCAAUCUAACGUUUAUGCCUAUUACUUAAGGAAAACGUUGACCCUAUUCGAGAAGAAGACUCUCGGGACAUUUGAACAUGUCACUACAGGCGCCAUAUUUUGUUGUCGUUGUUAAACUGAUAAAGAACUAUACUGAGAUGAAUGUGUCAGUUGUUUGGUUCAAGAUAGGACUGCAUCCCGAGAUACUCUAAAAACAACCUUAUUAUCCGCGUUUCGUUUGACUUUGUGGGACUGAGUCCAAAACCAUAGACCAUUAAUAGCAUUUCAUAGGUACGGCAAAGCAAUUCAUCUGGUUUACAGAAAAAUUUAAAUUUGUCUUUGGUUUCCACUCUGUCCGUAGUGUGGCCACAAAAAGGCGCAUCAUUUUGUUCUAACUUGUCUUCUAUGUGUUUCCUACCAGCUGUACAAGGCCAGUACAAAAGAAAUCAUAACUGAAAAAUCCAGGGCAGUUAAUAUUUAAAUUAGCAACUGUAAACUAUCCCUCAGUCUAUACGUUUAACUGUCGCUUCACACAUACACUUCAAAUAAACUCACUAUUUUAGCGCAAUUACUCACGGGUCUGAGAGUGUCCACGAUAUUAAGGGGAGUUGACUGUAUCUGAAUUGAGUUAGCCGGAACAAAACUUGGACGCUAAGCUAUAGUUCAUGGUAGUCAAGAAUGGCAUUUUAAUCGUACAUAAUGUUUACCGAAUAUCUUAUGAAUACACCCUACAUGCUCAUCUGAUUAGUUUUAGCAGUGAUGUCAUUCCUCCUUGGAAUGGAUAUACUACAGUGUCCUUCAUUAAAGUCACAACGUGUGUUAAAUUAUGCUUAAAGGUUAAUUUGCGCUUACUCGCUUCAAGGUUGGUAGGGGCUUGUCUGACAUUUCUAAGAAUUUUUUCUUUUUUUAUUGCAGAUGAACUGUAGUUCAUUAUAGUAUACAUGAGCACAAAAGUAGCAGAGGAUUAAAUAUAAGAGCAAAUAUAAGAGGAGGAGAAGAAAAUCCAAGAAAUCCUUCCUCGUCGUUUAACAAACAAAGGUGACCCAGCAUGUUCACGCCAUAUGAUGUUGUUACUGCUGAGGGUUUCUGAAUGCCUGCACACGCUUUUAUUCAGAAGAAAGAAAGAUGAAAGGAAUGAUUAAAGCAAGCUCUUUAUUCACUGAAAAAUUUUGUUGAGGUCUCUUUAUUUUAACUUGUACUGCUCUUUGAAACCUUUUUUGACAUCCGUCCUAAACUUUCUUUUUUGAAUGAUAACGAGCUCUUCUGAUCAGACGCUUGAAUACCGUAAACUAUCGCUUAUAAGCUCUGGGCUUAUAGAUCUUUGUAAGGGCUUAAACGAAUGGGUUUAUCUCCGAGGGAGGUAUAUAAUCAGACUAGGAGAAAAAGCGCUGCGAAACAAGCUAUGGCAGUGCUGAUUGAAACACCUUUUGCAUUUACCGGUUUUUAAUCAAGCUUGAAAAAGUCAUAAUAAAUCCAAUUCAUUCCAACAUAUUUGGAGGGGGACUAAUGUCUGGGGGAAGCGGGGGGGGCGGCUUAUGCUCAUAAUAGGAUGUAUUUUAUGUAUACAGGUAGACGGGUCCAUAACUGGGGGGGGGGGUUAAGCGCAAACGAAAAUUUUCGACAUUCUUUAAAAGUUACGAAUAAUAGAUUUGCUGUUUCUCGGCCGUUGUCUAAAACAUGAAAAUGAGCGUGCAUGUUGAGUGGUACUGAAAGCGAAACAAUUCGUACGUAUAACCUCUUCCUGAUUACCAAACCGAUGUAAAAAGUUGCGAUGUUGCGUUACAGGGGUCACCGUGCUUCUAGCUGUCACGUACCAGAUACGAGUCGGUCACAGCGUUUUGGGCAUUCCCAAUCCCAAAUACCUUGCGUUUUGGGCAUCCCCUUCUCAGGUUACUGCAGCGCCGAUUCCCCGGUACCCUCCCGGGAUGCCCAAAUCCCUUGUGUUUUGGUCAUCCCCUCCAAAAAAACUCUGGAUUUCGCGGGAAAAUCGAAAACGUUUUAGAGAUGGAUUCCGCUAAAUAUAGAAGUCUUUUCCAGUAUCUUAAAUUAGAAAUGAACGAAGCAGGUGUGGCGGCAGGAUAUUUGUAGUACAUGAAUUUUUCUAAAAAGCCCUCUUGAUAUACAGUAAAUAAAAAUUUUUUUUCAUUAUUUAUAAAUAAAAAAGAAGGGAGGUGGUGGGGGGGGGUGUUUUUUUGUCACUCUUUUUUUUUUAAAAAACUCCUUUUUUGUGUGUUGUUUUUUUGUGGGGGGGUGGGGGGGGGGGGGACAUGACUUUUCCUUUUUAGCUAUCACUGCUUGCAGGAUUUUAUUUUAGACAUGCCUUUCCCUUUCACUGCAGGAUUUUUUUGGGGGUAAUUGUCACCCCACCUCCGGUUAUUUCUGAUGGUCCGUGCCGUAGGUGCCGUAGGUUUCUGAUGGUCGUGCCGACUUUUCUAGGAAAAUCGAAGGGCCUCUGCUCGCAGGGUACGUAGGUGCAAGAGGCCUCUGUAAUUGUGUGACAGCCUUUCGUGUGUCAAGUAGCGCUGCGGGGUUAAGUUGUACAAGCCUCAAAUGUCAUGCAUACUAUGAAUUCGACACCGCGAAACGCAGUUUCAUUCAUGUUUGUCUUUUGGUUGCUUUGUUUAGUAUUCUUGUUUUUGGCUGUUUGGAAUCAGACGAUCGCAGUUGCCGGCGAUUGCGGCAAAGCUCGCUUGUAAACAGUUCUAUUAAAUAAAAUUGAAACUUUGUAAACAAUGAAACUUUGUACGGUGAAGCGAUGUUAUGCGGUUGUAAAUUUCAGUUUCGUCAUGUUUUGAGCCAACAUUUACUGCCUAUUGGUUUUUUUUCUCUGCGCAAUAAACCCUGCGAAAAGAGUCAGACGAUAUAUAUAUAUAUAUAAAUUCGAGAUUGACAAUCCCGACUUUUCCCCAGUCUGAAAUAAAAGUCGAAGCGAUCAGCGUUUUGGGUAUCCCCCAACGGGGAUACCCAAAACGCUAGGGAUAUAUAUAUGGGAAUGGGGAUGCCCAAAACCCGGGGAUGCCCAUCACUGUGACAUCGUAAGAGAGGGAUGGGGACGAGUUUACUACCUCUCCCGGCCCGUUAUUGUCCUUUGAUAUUGCCGACGAAACACGUUGCUUCGCAAACGGAUUUUGUAGUUUUGGUUUUGUACAGAACCGCUCAGCAAUCUAAACCUUAAACACAAUUUUUAAGUUUUUUUAGGCCAAACGGUUCCUAUAUUAGAGAAAGGUACCUGAAACUAUAGACUACACUAAGCUACUGAAAGGGUCUUCGAUGAUUCCACUGAAGACAUUGAAGUGAUGUCGAAUCAGCCGCGUUACUUUCCUUCAAUCGUGAAACUUAAUGUCGGAGGCCAACACUUUACCACAAGCCUGCAAACGCUAACAAGAGAUCCCAACUCGAUGCUCGCAGCCAUGUUUUCAGGCAGGCAUGAGCUAGAGACUACUGAAGACCCAAGGAAGAAAUAG